AUGUUAGAUGAGGAUGGUCAAAAACCGAGGAAGAAAAGACGAGCAACUAUUACAAGUCAACAAUCCACGACAACUACAACAUAUGAUUAUUGCAAUCCCGCUUACUGCGAUUUUGUGAGAUGUCUGAGAAGAGUCAAUUCAAAUCAACUGAUUGCUUCCUGCUACAAUGAAGCUAUAUUAACAAACACUUUGGAUGCUGAAGAAGACAGAAUUCGUCUCUUCACAGAUAUCAGCAGCUGUAUUCUUGCCAGGGCCAGGUGCAACUUAUACAAUCCUAUAACGGGUGAAUUAAACUCUAACCAAAAAGUGGUUCAGUCUCAAAUAUUUGGCAAAUCUGUGUUAUUAUCAUUUCCUCAACGGAGAUAUAAUUCGUUGCAAAUUACACCUCAAGGAGAUUUAAGAAUAAUAUCUUUUCCUGCAACCACAACCGCUGCUGACUAUUUUUGUGCCGCCUCUAGAAAUCUUAAUCAAUCCACGUGGCCUGAUGCUACUUGCUGA